AUGAUACCUGCACUGAAUAAUCCAGAGCAAAGUGGAAGUAAAUCACCGAGCCAUAGUCCAAUUGAGCAGAUUCCAGCAAAAGUUAAAACUCCGGCUAAGGAACGACUUGGGGAAUGGGAAGCAGUUAUCCAAAAGGAAGGAAGGAGUAAUUCCCAAUCCUGGGCAAACAAAGUUGAGCAACAUGAAAAGAGCACUGGUAAGAAAACUACUACUAAAACUAUUUGGGAUAGUUUUGAUAUCUCAAAACUAUUGAAUGCUGGUUUCAAACUGGAGUAUAUGAAUUCGGAUAUUAUUGGGGACCAACAAAUAGGUGAAAUUGAAAGAAUUUGGGGGAAGAAAGGAAUUAAUAAGGUGGUGCUGAUGAAGAAUGGUAUCAUGUUGGUAAGGUUUGACAGUGAAGAGGGAAGAAAUGAUGCAGUACAAGGUGGGUUCUACCACUUUGACAACAAACCUUUUAUUGUCAAAGCUUGGACACCUGACAUGGAGUUUACUAGAGAGGAAUUACAAUCUGUUCCAAUCUGGAUUAAACUGCCAGGGUUGGAGUUCAAGUACUGGAGUCCUAGGGGUUUGAGCAAGAUAGGAAGUUUGAUAGGGAAACCUUUGAUGGUGGAUAAGCAAACAGAGACGAAAUUGGGGCUGAGUUUUGCUAGUUUGCUAAUAGAAGUAAAGGUGGGCAAGGAACUGCCAGACGAAGUUCUAUUCAGGAAUGAAAACGGGAUUGUGAUUACUCAAAAAUUCACAUAUUGGAAGCCCUCUAUUUGUGCUCAUUGUCACAAAUAUGGGCAUGAAAGUGCUAGUUGUAGAAAGAAUAAGAAGCCUGAGAAUGUAGUGACUGCUCCAAAUAAUGAAAAACCAACAUGUCCUGUUGUUGAAAAGCAAGUCAUUGAUGCUAGUAAGGAGCAAGAAAGGACCAUUAUUUCUAUACAACAAAGUGCAAUCAAGCAGCAAGCUAAUAAGCAGAACAGUACCAAUAGGCAACAGUCACCAACUUCUUAA